AUAAAAACUUUCUCUCCAAACUUUGACCAACCUGCGGAUGGCGAGCGCCGCCGCGUGCCCGCGCAAAUCAGAAUGCGCCGUGGCCGCGCUCCCGGUCGCGCGGCGGUGGUAAAGAUGGUGGCCAGCGCUCGGGUACAGAAACUGCUCCGACGGUACAAACUCGCGAUCGCCGCCGCGUUGACCAUCCUCCUGGUCCAGGGUCUGGUCGUAUGGAGUCUGCGGAGUCUGGAGGAGGGCGAGGCCGAGAAGAAAACACGACGGUCUAAGUUGCCAGAUCACAACAGCCAGGACCCCAAGAGAGACCCCGCAAUCUGGGAGAAACAAAACUCUCUGUCAGGGAGGAACAAGGGCAGAUGGAGCGGCAGGCUGGAGAGGACAGGGGGCACGGCAGCCAGCGCGCUGAGGAGAGGAACCAGCCGGCGAGGAGGGAAGCCCAGCAUCAAGCAGAAGUCUCCCCAGGAGCGGGUGAUGGCCGGCGCUGGAAUGGAUGGUGUCGUCCCCCCUGACCUGUCGAGCAGCCGCAACUUUAGCGACACCCGAGGAGGCACGGAUGGGGCGGCUAAGAUACCUGCUGCUGCCGCCGCCAUUCCAGGGGAGCCGGGCAGUGUGGACGGCGCGCACCAAGCUCCCAGCAGUGACUUUGUGCCUAAGUGCGACAUCACAGGCAAGGACGCCCUCUCCGCCCUCCAUCGCGCUGGCUCCCAGCAGUGCCGACAGGAGAUCGCCAACAUCGUGUGCCAGCAUCAGGCUGGUCUGCUCAUGCCAAGCGCCCUUCCUCAGUUCUGCCCCCAGCUCGGUAUAAUAAAUCCAGUUCAGGCCGUUGGCGAGCUGGACAACAGCCUGUCCAAAGUGGAGAACCCCAUCAGGGUGGCCUUUGUUCUGAUGGUCCACGGCCGAGCCUUACGGCAGCUCAAGCGUCUCAUCAAAGCCAUUUACCACCGUGACCACUACUACUACAUCCAUGUAGACAAGCGGUCUGGCUACUUGCACCGCGAGGUCCUGCAGAUCGCCCAGCAGUUCCCAAAUGUGCGGGCCACGCCCUGGAGGAUGAUCACCAUCUGGGGGGGUGCCAGCCUCCUGAAGGCUUACCUACGCACCAUGCAGGACCUGCUCUCCAUGAUGGACUGGAAAUGGGAUUUUUUCGUCAAUCUCAGCGCCACGGACUUCCCCACCAGGACCAAUGAUGAACUGGUGGCUUUCCUGUCGCAGCACAGAGACAAGAACUUCCUCAAGUCCCACGGGAGAGAGAAUGCACGGUUCAUUAAAAAGCAGGGCCUCGACCGCCUCUUCCACGAGUGUGACAACCACAUGUGGCGCCUCGGGGAGCGCAGCAUUCCUGAAGGCCUGGAGGUCUCAGGUGGCUCUGAUUGGUUUGCGCUCACCCGCCGCUUUGUGGAGUAUGUCAUCAACUCCCAGGAUGACCUGGUUACAGGGCUGAAGCAGUUCUAUUCCUACGCCCUGCUCCCCGCUGAGUCUUUCUUCCACACGGUGCUGGGGAACAGUCACAUGUGUGACAGCCUGGUGGACAACAACCUGCGGGUCACCAACUGGAAUCGUAAGCUCGGCUGUAAAUGUCAGUACAAGCACAUUGUCGACUGGUGUGGCUGCUCGCCCAACGAUUUCAAACCGCAAGACCUCAUCCGGAUACAGCAACUGACCCGUCCCACCUUCUUUGCCCGUAAAUUUGAGUCGUCGGUGAACCAGGAGGCCAUAGACAUCCUGGACACUCACCUCUACGGCCAGUACGCUCCGGGCACCAUCGCCAUCAAGGCGUACUGGGAGAGCGUGUUCGAGCAGUCGGACAGCGUCGGCUCUCUCAGGGACGUGGCUCUCACUGCAUACACGUCUUUCUUUCGCCUGGGUCUGAAGAAUCUGGCCACAGCUCAGAGCAAUGUGGAGUCCUGCAGGUUUGAACCAGUAGGCUACCCUCUAUCGGUGCACUUGUACUUCUAUGACGACCGAUUCCAAGGGUAUGUGGUGCGUCAGGAAGCCCAGGCUGUGGGGUCAAAGGUCAGGGAGACGCUGGAGAUGUGGGCGGUGCCGCAGGCCUCGUUCGUUCUCGAGAAGAACCUGAAAGAGUUUGAAAGGCUGAAGAAUAUGGAAAUCGGCACAGAGUGGGAUCCCAAAGAGAGAAUCUUCCGUAACUUCGGGGGGGUGAUCGGACCUCUGGAUGAGCCGCUGGCCGUCCAGAAUUGGGCGCGUGGGCCCAACCUCACGGCCACCAUCGUGUGGCUCGACCCGGCUCUGGUGGUGGCGGCGUCAUAUGACAUCACAGUGGACGUGGACGCAGAGUACACCCAGUACAAACCGCCGCUGCAGCGCCCCCUGCGGCCCGGGACCUGGACGGUGCGGGUGUUGAAGCAAUGGGAGCGCGUGGCAGAAGUUCGCUUCCUUGUCAUGCCGCUAACUUUCAAAGAUAAGGAGCCACUACGCAGAGAAGAGGACAGCUGGCUCCAUGCAGGUCCUCCUGGGAACAUGUACCUGGAGCAGAGUUUCCAGCAGCUGAGCUCCAUGCUGAAGCUGCCCCCCCAGGAGCCUGCCAUGCGGGAGGCCCAGCGUAAAGCCCAGCUCGUGGGUCUGCCCCUUGAAGAGUGGCUGGACAGUGGUGUGAGGACCUUCUGGGUUAUGGGCCACCUGUGCACCACACAGACGUCCUCCUGCCCAGCACUGGGACCUUGCUCCAAAACCUCCUGGAGCUCUCUGUCCCCGGACCCCAAGUCGGAACUGGGCCCUGUCAAAAGUGACGGGCGUAUCAGGUAGCCCCAAGAUGGGAGAGAAUGUAGACUGUAACACGUACACAGGAAGAAAGAGGGAGAGCUGGACCUACACUAGGGAGAUCCAGGAGAACCUGUGUGAGCCGGAUUUUGCCCCCAAGGACGGCUCAGAGCUCCAGGGCACAUAAACAACCACGAGAAAACUUUCUGCACUGAGGAGUCGGGACUUUCUUAGUGAAGUGGUGAUGCACACGAGAAGGCGGAGGAUGGGAUUGCUGGAUAUUUGCACAUAGAAGAUUGCAAGCGAAGACUUGGGUCACUGUUUGCUGAACCGUUGCAUGGAUGCCAGAUGUGUUGUUGCACACAGGUGAAAGAAACCUCUGAAUCAUAUUAACGUGCUUGUUUUGAAGCAUUACCGUGUCAGCAUGUGGAGCAGACAGAUGAAGUGCACUUUACUGUAAGACUAUGGCGUUACACAGAGGUCACAUGGUCACAGUGCGAGGAGCAGGCGUUUAUAAUGUCACGGUCACGUCACCUGUUCCAAUCACACACAACGUCCUGUUGCACAGACUCAUCCGUAAAUACAUGACUGUCCCUGGUGUGAGGAAAAGUAAGGGAACAGGCAGAGAGCGGGUUCCUUAGGUUUCAAGUCUUCUUUUUUAUUUUUAGUUCUGUUUACUGUGACGUAUGAUUUUACAUACGUGUCAUUUUCCAUGUGUUUUAAUUUUUGUUAGUUCCCAGAAAUGACUGUUCAAGUGUUCAGUGUUUUUCCGUUGUUGGAAAAAAAAAAGAAAAGCCACUCUGCGUUGUUCUCGUGGUCAAAGCAAGUGCCUCGAUGGCUGCAGCUGCAGAUAGUGAGGCUGCAUUCAAAAAUCAGCCUCAGAUAAAGUUAAAACAAUCACUGAGAAGAUGCCCUGUUUCAUGUCAGCUGGUCUAAUUCUUCAAAACAACAGAGGAAGUGGAGCCCGAGUUGAGAUUGUUUAGUUUAAUGAUGCGACAAUGCUCAAAUCGUCUGAAGUCAUUUAGAGCUGCAACGAGUCGUCGAUUAUUCUAUUGAUUGAUCAGUUUAUCUCUGUAUUAGAAAAACUAAAAUAUUUAAGUUCAAUGUGAGAAUCUUGCAUCCCUAUAGAUUUGAUAUUUGCCUUGACAGAAUAAUCUCAGACUUAAACCAAUGAUUAAUCAGUAAAUUGUGAAAAUAACUGCAUAUUAACCAAUCAUUUGAAAAAUCCCUAUGUUGCAGCUUAAAUGAUAAGUCAGUUUAGUGAAGGGAGGAGAGAUGAAGCUGAAAAGUAGGAAACGUUGGACAUUUUGGGGAAAUACCUUUUUCUUUCUGAGAGUUAAAUCAAAUGAGAAUAUUUAUAACCAACCUCAUGUUUACACACUACAUACACAGCUACCGCCUGCUUCGUGUUUCCCAACAUGUCAUGACUUUACUUUUUUUUAAUGCAAGACUUUCAAACUACAAACCCGGUUUUACCUCCGUUUUAUCAGUUUAAAAAUGCAGUAUUAUCCCUGGUGUGCUCUGUUUACCUCACUGGUUCUUCAUUCCCAUUUCAUUUCUAAAGGUGCGUUUCAUUUCAACUUUUUAAGUCCUCCAAUCAAACGAUGGUAAAUGGUACACUGUAUGUUUUUUUUUUUUAAAGUUUUUAUUUUAGUGUGAUCAAGAGAAUCCAAGCUGCCUUUACUUAGAUGAGAAGACGAAUGGUUUAUACGGUAGGGUAGUUUCCAGAGAUGUGCAAUUAACGCCUUUCCAGAGGAUAGUGAAGCCCCCUGUCUGUGUCUUAGUUUGCAUUAGCGGUAGUUGGCCACCAUAUGAGUUUUCAAGUGACCUUGUUUACCUUGCACAGGACAGCUGCUUCGGUGAGACCCCAGGUCUGUUGAGACGAGCGAGAGACGAGUCAUGGGCUGGGCAGAUUUUAUUUUUCUACACAUUUUCAGAGUCUGUUAAACCAUUAAAAACUGCUGACUACUUAUGAUGUAUUUGACGGUCCACGUGUUCAGUGACAUUUGAUGCAGACAUGUUUUAUUAUUAUUAAUCUCUCUGUUUGGAGGAGGAGGAGGAGGGGAUGUUGAGGUUUUCAUCCGUGCUGCUGUGAUGAAGAGCAGAGGUCCGGCGGCUGGUGAGUCAUGGUUGGCGCCGUGGCUCUUAUCUGAGCAGGGAACUUUGUCGCUGUACGCCUCUGGACAAGCUCAUAAGUUAGACGUCCUGACUGAUGACUCAAUAAAAACAACAUUUAUAUGAA